UGAAACAAAUGAAAAAAAUGGAGAAAAACUGCGCGUGUGAUGGAAAAAAAUUUCUCUGCCUCAGUCGUCAUCGGUCCACUUCGAUAGCAGCAUAAAUCCCGUAGAUUUUGCGAUUCCACUUUUUUUUUAUUGAAAAUCAGUUAAUUUUUUUGGGGGGUUUCGUUUCAUUUAUUCCCACUGUCGAUCAUCAUCGUCUUCGGAAACUGAAAAAAAAUAAUUAAAAAGAAAAUGUACGACAGCAAAAAGUUUCACCUCAACAGUCAUUACAUUGCCAAUUGCACGUCGGAGCCAGAGUACGUCAAGGGGGAAUUCUGGGGCCACUUUUUCGCGGCAGGGUUCCUCGUCAGCCUGGCCCUCAUUCAGUACGUGGCCAUUCUGAGUCGGUACUUCAAGGCCAAAUUUUGUCCAGAAUACGAGUUCAACGGCAUUGUGACCCGGAUUGCUUUCCCGUGCAACCCGAGACUGAGUUACACGUCUUACAUCCUACCGGCUUUAAUCCUCUAUGUCGUCUUGGCGUUCUCGACACACAUCAAGGAAGAAGGUGGGUUCCUGGAAACACUCUUGUUCUUCAUCCACGGCAACCCGCACACGUACAAUUGGCUAGCGUUCAUCUUCUACAUCGUCGUCGAGUUGCUGGAAAAUUAUGAAAGUCUGCACAUGCCCAAGUACUCGUCGCAAGUUGCCUUCGCCUUCACCAUCAUGACGAUGGCCGGCGUGGCUUACACACACCUCAUCGUGCGAUGCGCCUACGACACGCUGCUUCACUCAUUCUUCUUCUACUCGGCCGUCGUGUCAUCAAGCUCGCUAAUUGCUCAAAUGUCCGCGCCGAGAAGCUUCUUCCUCGCUGCCCUCGUGUGCUUCUCCACUGCCAUGACCGGGAUCUGGCUCGUGACCUUGGCCACCCUGGCCUACGUGUACCCCCAGGUCAACCGGGUGGACUGGAUGUCGCAGACCACAGCGCAGAAAAUGCAGGCCAUCCCGACCAUCUUCUUCUUCGACGCCACUUUCCUCUUCUUCGGCAUGUGCGCCCUCUUCUUCAUCUUCAGAGCAGUCCGGGGAAAACGAGCCAGGGCCAACAAUUGGAGCUUCGAACUGGUGCCCAGGCCCGAUAAGGCGGAUUUCAGGGCCUCGGCCAAUAACUGCUUUUACGAGCCACUGGACCGGUUCGACAGCGAGACUAAAAUUCUUGAACAGCCUUAGAAACGGAACACCUCCAGGCAUUGCAAUAAAAUAAAAUAUGGGGUCAUUAUACUCGCUUUUAUUCCGCUCCUGUUUCUUCAAUUUCGAAUUAUAAUCACAGGCACCAACAAGAAUUAAGGAAAAAAAAGGAAUAUAGUGCUCGCAUAUUAUCAGCAUACAUGCUGUGCUGGGGCGAG